UGUACUGGCAACAAGAGAUUCGCGACGAGCCAGACGGAUGCAGCCAAAUGGCGUCAGAUCUACGGCCAAAAACCUCCCCCCCAUGCCGGAAAAAAAGCCUUGCCUCCCCAAGAACUCGCCCGGCUGGACGCUAGAAACGGCAUCCUCGUUGCCCAGGAAUCAGACGAAGGCAUUAAAACUUUCAGAGCUUUUGCUGGAGGGAAGGAAGAUUACGUGUUGCGCUUCGGUGACCAUGUGUGCGUGAUAGGCAAGAACGGGGCGGGAAAGUCCUUGUUUUGUCAGGCGCUCGGCGGGCAUAGAGAGGUCCUGCCUCACGGGAUGAUGGGUAUGGAAGAUACAGAAGAAUCUUUUCAGGGUGCAGAUGCCAAGCAAGAGCGGCUCGAGGGGACCGGGUGCAAGGAAGCGGAGAAAGAAGGCGCCGGGAAAGCCACCGGGCGAGAGGGUGUCAUGUUCAUGUCCUUCAGCAUGCAUGGGCAUUUCCUGGCCCGCUACAAAGACCGAGUGGUGGCGGAUGUUCUGGGAGGGUCAAGUGAUCCCUUGGCGCGACGGCUUAUCGUGCAACUGGGUCUGUACCCCCUCUGCAUCCGCAUAUUGCGAAAGAUCAUCACUCCCAUCUCGUCAGGGCUUGCGUCUGGCACCCAUUCGCCUCCGUUUGCCCACAUGCGCUCCUCCUCUCCCCUCCUCAUCACCCUCCAGGUACAAGAGGGUCCACAUGCUAUCCACGGGAGAGAUCCGGAAGGUGCUUUUGGCCGCCACCCUGAGCAAAUCCCCGCAGGUCCUCGUCCUAGACAAGCCUUUUGA